GCCCCGCCUCAGGAACCCGGAAGUAAUCUCCCCCAUAGGCCGCUGUGUAGCGGAGAAACGUGAGUUUGGAGCGGCGGAGGGCUGGUCUGUGGUUACGGGCGGACUGUGACUCUCCAGUCGCCUGCCCCCACCGCGUGCCUCUGGCCCAUUGAGGGCCGCCUUUCAGGACUUGGGGGCUGAAGCAGACCGAGGGAAGUCGCCGCUGCAUCCCGCCUCCCAAGCUGUGCCUCAUGGAGUCUACGUUCAGCAGCCCCGCGGAGGCGGCGCUGCAGCGGGAGGCGGGCGCCGCGGGGCUACUCACUCCUCUCGCGGACCUGGAUCGAGUGUACGAACUGGAGAGAAUCGUUGGAUUUGUCCGCGACCUGGGGUGUCAACGGGUGGCCUUGCAGUUCCCUGACCAGCUAUUGGGAGAUGCUAGGGCCGUGGCUACACGACUGGAGGAGACCACGGGAUCGAAGAUGUUCAUUCUGGGGGACACAGCCUAUGGCAGCUGCUGUGUGGAUGUGCUGGGUGCUGAGCAAGCUGGAGCUCAGGCCCUUGUACAUUUUGGCCCUGCCUGCUUAAGCCCUCCAGCCCGCCCAUUGCCCGUGGCCUUCGUCUUUGGUCAACGUUCUGUGGCCUUGGAGCUCUGCGCAAAGGCCUUUGAGGCCCAGAACCCAGACCCCACAGCGCCUGUGGUGCUGCUGAGUGAACCAGCCUGCGCCCAUGCCCUGGAGGCCUUGGCCACUCUCCUGCGCCCGAGGUACCUGGACCUGCUUGUCUCCAGCCCGGCUCUUCCCCUGCCAGUGGGUUCCCUCAAACCAGAUCCUGAGCCCCUGGAGCGUUUUGGGCGCCGCUUCCCCCUGGCUCCAGGAAGGUGUCUAGAAGAGUAUGGUGCCUUCUAUGUAGGGGGCCGUGAGGCCCUCCCUGAUCCUGACCUCUGCCCAGACCUGAGCCGGCUGCUCUUGGGCUGGGCACCAGGGCGGCCCUUUUUCUCUUGCUGCCCAGACACAGGCUGGACUCAGGAUGAAGGUGCCCAAGCUGGGCGGCUAAGAGCACGUAGACGCUAUCUGGUAGAGAGGGCCAGAGAUGCCCGUGUGGUGGGGCUGCUGGCGGGCACAUUAGGUGUGGCCCGACACCGUGAGGCACUGGCACACUUGCGGAACCUGACUCAAGCUGCCGGCAAACGUAGCUAUGUGUUGGCCCUGGGGCGGCCCACACCUGCCAAGCUUGCCAACUUCCCUGAGGUGGACGUCUUUGUGCUGUUGGCCUGUCCUCUGGGUGCCCUAGCCCCGCAGCCUUCUGGCGGCUUCUUCCGGCCUGUAUUGGCACCAUGUGAGCUGGAGGCUGCCUGCAACCCCGCCUGGCCACCUCCAGGCCUGGCUCCCCACCUCACACAUUAUGCGGACUUAUUGCCUGGCUCUCCUUUCCAUGUGCCCCUCCCGCCACCUGACUCGGAGCUGUGGGACACCCCAGAUGUGUCACUCAUUACUGGGGAACUCCGACCCCCACCUGCAUGGAAGCCAUCAAAUGAUCCUGGAUGCUUGGCCCUGACACCGCGACCCCAGCUGGAGCUGGUGGAGAGCAGCCCUGCCGCUUCAUUCCUUAGUUCCCGGAGCUGGCAGGGGCUGCAACCUUGCCUGGGUCAGACACCGGUGACAGGAGCUGUGAGUGGAAGACGAGGGAUUGCCAUCGCCUACGAGGAUGAGGGAAGCAGCUGAUGGCAUGUGGGGCCAGAGACACAGGUGGACGUAAGAAUCACUGCUAGGCCUUAAGUGCUCCCUGCACCGACCUCACCCUCCACCAGGAUCACUGAGGGAGCCUGGAAAGAGGGAGGGCAGGUAGCUCCUCACUGAGGACAGGAUCCAGCCCUGUCCAUCCUGCCACGGCCACAAGGCUUAGCACAUAUUGGUAGUAAAUGCCUGUUGUUUGACUGAUGGGGGGAACGGCUUUGGGUCUUCCCUGAAGCUUUCUGGGAGCAGCGUAGGACCUCUUGCCAAUCCCAGUUCCUGCUAUGCACUUGAGGGUCUGCCCUUGUCAAAGGCAUGUGCUGGAUGGUCUAGACCAGGGUUUCUCAACCUUGGCACUGUUGACAUUUUGGGCUCGAUAAUUCUUUGUUGCAAGGGGUUGUCCUGUGCAUUGUAGGAUGUUUAGCAUCAUCUCUGGCUUCUGCUCACUAGAUUCCAGUAGCUUACCCCUCUUCAAUAGUGAUAACCAAAAAUGUUUACAGACAUUGACAAAUGUCCCCUGUGGGGGCAGAACUGCUCCUAGUUGAGAACCGCUGGUCUACCCCUAUGCCAUCCAGUACAGUAGCCAUCAGACGUAUGUGGCUAUUUGAAUUAAUUAAGAUUAAUAACUCAGUUUCUUAGUCAUACCACAUUUCAGUGCUCAGAUAGCCACAUGAGAGGACAGCGCAGCAAUAGGACAUUUCCAUUGUUGCAGAAAGCUCUGUUGGACAGUGCUGGUCUACACUGAGUCCUGUUUGUUUCUCAGGGAGAUCAUAGAAACUUGAAUAAACCAGAUACUUUUUCUCCUUC